UUGAAAUAGCGAAGCUGUUCUGACUAGGUCAUGUAUGUGUUUGUUGUGGAUGAAAUCUGUAACUAACUUGAAAUAUGAUUAAUUUGUUCCUGUAUACGACUCACUUUAACUUUAAUGUGUAUCUUAUAGUGGGUUUAUAAAAUAUGCGUUCGGUAAGUUAUGUCCAGAGAGUGAGUUUAGGCUUCUCAGGAACACUUUUUCCUCACGCAAUUUGUCUUGGGGAUGUUGAUAACGACUCGUUAAAUGAGCUGGUGGUGGGUGACACGAGUGGGAAGCUAUACAUCUAUAAAAACGACGAUCCUAAACCCUGGAUUACUCGAACAUGUGCGGGGAUGUUAACGUGUGUGGGAGUGGGAGAUGUUUGCAACAAAGGAAGGAACUUUGUUGUGGCCGUGGGUGCCGAAGGCUGGUUUCAUCUCUUCGAUAUAAAUGCUUCUGCAGCCAAGUCUGAUUCCUCGAGCCAGCAGGACGGUUCGCUUGGAGAUGAGCAAAAGCACAGUUUCACCCAGCACAUUCCUGCCAACACCAAAGUGAUGCUGAUCAGUGAUAUCGAUGGAGAUGGGCGCUGUGAGCUUGUCGUCGGAUAUACGGACCGUGUGGUUCGGGCAUUCCGUUGGGAGGAGCCUCCCGAUGCUUCAGACAUGAGCUCUGGUCAGCUGGUACUAUUGAAAAAAUGGCUUCUGGAAGGACAGGUUGACAGUCUUUCAGUAAACCCAAGUCCAGAAGGUCUUCCUGAGCUCAUGGUGUCUCAGCCUGGCUGUGGAUUUGCUAUACUUACAUGCUCUUGGACACAAGAGGGCGCUUCAGGACCUGGGGAUGAAGACGCAGCCAAUCCUAGCAGGGAAGGUUCCUCCAGAGAUGUUGUCCUUCAUCUUACCACCGGACGCAUCCAUAACAAGAACGUGUCCACUCAUUUGAUAGGCAGCAUUAGCAGAGGUUCUAAAGACGAUUCAUCUAAAGGUGGUCUGUUUGCUCUUUGCACUCUGGAUGGAACUAUUAAACUGUUGGACAGCUCUGAGAAUCUCCUGUGGUCCGUGCAGGUGGACCACCAGCUCUUUGCCCUUCAGAAGCUGGAUGUUACUGGUGAUGGGAGAGAAGAGGUGGUGGCCUGCGCCUGGGACGGUCAGACUUACAUCAUCGAUCACACACGUACGGUGGUCCGCUUCCAGUUUGAUGAAAAUGUGAAUGCGUUUUGCGCAGGGCAGUAUGCCUGUAAGGAGGGAAAAAACAGCCCAUGCCUGAUCUACGUGAGCUUUAACCAUAAGAUCUACGUAUACUGGAGGGUGGAGCUGGAGAGAAUGGAGCCCACCAACCUGUCUGGUGAACUGGAGGAGAGGCCCGAGUACACAGCCCUGCUUCAAAGACUGGGAGUGGAUAUCACAGACACAGAUGCUGUUCGGAAACUCAUUGGGGACGUGCUCUACGGGAACAAACAGAAACACGUCACAGAAUGACUCAAGACCAAGCUUCGCUUUAAUGUUGAUAGCCUUAAUAAAACAACUUUAAAAUAU